AAGACACGGUUCAAAUUGGCAUUUGAGCAUUAUGUAUCUACAAACACAGUCGUCAAACUCAUUUAUCAGUUGUGGCAUUUCAGGCCUAUUAAACUGUUAUUCCCAACUUGCAGUGGUUACUUUCCCUGCGACUCGUUACCAUAGACUGUGUAUAAAAGGUCUCUGCCUCAGUGUUGCUAUUUCUCUGGAGGGAAAGUAAUGGUCAGUUUGAUUGUGUUGCUAUGCAACGAGUCAACCAAAACGGACGCGGAGGCUCUACAGGUUGCAGAAAUGUCUUCCAAUUUCUCAGCAAAUCAGUAUGACAGUGCCUUCAAGUCGCAGAGGCUGCAGAACUGGUGUGAGAAUAAGCAGUUCAAAGAGAGACCCACUGCACAGGAGGGUCACACCACCUUCAUUGCCAAUGAUAGAGGACAUCUGCUCCCAGGAGUGGUUAAGAGUGGCAGUGCAUGGCCAGACUUCAAAGGGACCUGGGAUCUACCUGCUCGAAUCCCAGCCUACCGCAUCAACCCUACAGGCCGCUCUGUGGAGGGUCUCAACAGGCUGAAGUCCUGGGGCUUUGACCCACAGCGCACUGGAAUGUCUCAGCCACACAGCUGCAGCAAAAACUCAGAUAAGCUGCAGGAUGUAGGCAAACAGGUUAGAACCAAGAUUAGUGGGGAUGUACAGCAGGACCGUGCUGUCUCAUUCACCACAGCUGAGUCCCGACCAGCAUCUCAGAACUGCCCCAUCACUGGAUGCGAGUCAACUGCCAGCCAAAACCAGGACUCGCAAGCAGCUGAGGCUGGUUCAGUGGAUCAGUCCGCUGAAGACAAACAAGCUACUCAGGCUACUGGGAAAGACAGGCCAUUGAGCCAGCACUCUGCGGCUGAAGAGAAGCCAGCUUUGAGGCCUGAUGCUGAAGAGGGAACCAACAGCAGGUCCAAAGCCGGCAAGGGGAGACCAGUGAGUAAUGUAUCAGAGAAAGCAGCCAGCCAGGAAGCACCAUCAUUCUCCCAGCAGAGACACAGAGAUGUACAGGAAGACCAGUGAAUUUUAUUUAAUUCUCUGGUGGAUGAAGACAAUACCUACAAAAAUAAAUGUAUUUUAACUCUACAUGUUUGACUUAU